UGAACCUCAGCGUGGGCAUCUUUGCAACUUGGGUCCUCCUCUUCCUAAUCAUGAUCACAGGAAUACCAACGUCAAUGCCAGUCUCUUCCUGGAAGGUGCAGUCUCCAGCCUUAGACGUAUGGUGACAACAGAGCUCUCUGCCUUAGCCACGCUAGACCUGUGGCGUCAGGCAGGAAGCCAUGUGCUCUAUUCCCUGAGCCUAGGCAUGGGCACCACCAUCACCUUCUCCUCCUACAAGGCUGGAAGCCUCAACUGUGUCAGGGUGGCCUCCUGUGUGGCCCUGGUCAACCUGGUGACCUCGAUGCUGACCACGGCCAUCAUCUUUGUAGUGCUGGGAUUCUGGGCCACCACCAGUGGCAGCGUCUGUGUUAAAAAAAAUGUCUUGAUGCUGACAAAACUGAUACUCAGUGGGGUGCUACCCAAGGAAGCCAAGACCCCAGAAAACAUCUUGCUCAUGCCCCCCCAGAACUACCUGGACUGGAUCAACGACCUCCCCCCACACCUGCAGUACCAGAUCAUCCACCACGCCUUACCUUGCAGCAUCAAGGUGCAGACAGAAAAGCUCAUGGAGGGCCCUGGCCUGGCAUACGCAGCCUUCUCCCAGGCUGUCUCGUUGCUCCCUGGCUCCUCUUUCUGGGCCAUUGUUUUCUUCCUGGCCCUGCUCAUUACAGAGCUGGGCGCCUUGAUAAGAAUCUUGGAGGGCAUCAUCCUUCCCCUCCAGUACAACGUCUCUAUCUUCAAGAAAUAUCCCAGCCUGGCCCCAGUGCUCGUCUGCUUGGGAAGUUUUCUGUCCAGCCUCAUCUUCAGCAGUCACUCUGGCAGCUACAUAAUGUCUUUGUUUAAUGACCAACUGGUCCCGGUGAUGCUCAUCAUCAUUGUGACGUUCCAGAACAUGGCUCUGACCUGGAUCUAUGGAACCAGGAGAUUCAGGGAAGAACUGUACGGUCAGCUGGGCUGCAUGCAGUGGCCCACGUUCAGCUUCCUGUGGUCCUAUGUGACCCUGCCUGGGCUGCUGGUCCUCCUCAUCAUCUGCAUCAUGAAGCUGCACCAGAAGGUGACCCCCUCCUACAUCGCCUGGAACAGCAGUGUGAGCCAGGAAGUAACACAGCCCUACCUGAAGAGGAGCCUGGGUUGGGUCACCUUCUUCAGCAUCCUCACCUUUCUGCCAAUCCUGGCCCACCCACUUCACCACUGGUGGUACACCCAGGACCCUGUUAUCUCUGACACCUUAGAGAAGCAGAUGUCCUUCAAACAGACGUCCAAAGUGCCUCCCAGAUCCAUAAAAUGGCCUAAGCGCUCCUUAGAGAAGUCUACCUUAGUUCCCCAGCACAAAGGCAGUGAGAGUUCAUUGAAGGAGACCACCUGCCCCCCGGCCAGGGAGGGGCACCUGAACUCCUGGUGGAGAAAGAAUACUCAGAGCUCCUCCUGGCUCAGCCUGCAUCUGGCCACCUCCUCGUUCUCCAUGUGGAGCAACAGCCUGGCCAUGUCCAGGCAGGGGAGCCUGGCCUCAACAGCUGUGGAGAGCGGUGACAUCAUCGGGGAGACCAUAGAAGAAAAGCUGCCUGAUAAAUCUGACCAGUCACUGGUGACAGCACCCAUUUUUCCAACGCAGCAAAUCCAUCCCAUAACUGGCAGUGUUAGUGCCCAUUCUGCUACAGGCAUAAUUGAUUCCACUGAAAAGGAGGGGAAGGAGAGUAAAGAAAACCUGCCUAGCAACCUGUGAUGCCAUUCAUUUGGCCUUGGAAGGAAAAGGACAACCCAAGAGAUCUUUUCUCUCCUGGAAAGAUUCUGCAAAGUAGAAGACUCUGCUCUGGGAUUGGAAAACUUGGAAGAAGAAAUCAACUCAACUGGUCAUAGGGCUGGAUCUAGGGCCCCUUGUCCCUCUGUGAUGUUGGGGACACCAUUUUGCAUGGUGAGGCUGCACUUUCCAGGACUCAACCUUCUUGGACCCAGGUGUGUCCAUGGUGUGGCCAACUUCUCCUAGGAUGCCCUCUCAGAAUAGGGCUGGAAUGACAAUGUUGAAGCUAAAUAAAUGGGUCCACCAGAACCUCAAGCACAUACUGUGGGGACAAUGCUCUGUGAAGGGCCCAGAUGCAGCUUCCUCCCACAUGUACAUGCACACUCUCGCACACUACAUACAAUCUACAAAUCACCAAACUCUGCUGAACUCAGUGUCCACUUUGAUGACCCAAAUCUCCCUCUGCCUCAGGGACACAGAUACUGUGUCCAGAUCCCUUGUUGGCCUAGAGUUGAGCCAAACUGCAAGGAAACUCUGCAGUAUCAAUCUAGGAAGCAUGUUAACUUCUAAUUUGGUGAUCACACCAAACCACCAUAGGGCUAAAUCUGUUCCAUAACUAUGUUCUCACUAUUCCUACCAAACGGGUGACAUGCUGAGCUAGGCAUGCAGUCCCAGCUACUCAGGAGGCUAAGGCAGAAAGAUCACUUGAAUCCAAGAGUUUGGAGUUGCUGUGAGCUAGACUGAGGCCAUGGCACUCUAUCCAGGGCAACAAAGUGAGACUCUGUCUCAAACAAAGAAAAAAUCAUUUUAACAUUUUUUUUACUGCUUUGUAUAAAUCUCUUCAUUUAGUUGUGUGUUUUUUUGUUUGUUUGUUUGUUUUUUGAGACAGAGUCUCACUAUGUCGCCCUUGGUAGAGUGCCAUGAUGUCAUAGGUCACAGCAACCUCAAACUCUUGGGCUUAAGCAAUUUUCCUGCCUUAGCCUCCCAAGUAGCUGGAACUACAGGCACCUGCCACAACACCUGGCUAUUUUUGUUACAGUUGUCAUUGUUUAGCUGGCCUGGGCUAGUUUCGAACCUGCCAGCCUUGGUAUAUGUGGCUGGUGCCGUAACUACUGUGCUAUGGGUGCCAAGCCUUAGUUGUGUCUUUUAAUGGCACUAAAGAAGCCAUUUCUUCAAUGACGUUAUAUUAUCAAUAACUCUAAUAAAAAUGGCAAGUUGAGCCAAAUUUAUAGGUUUAGUGCUGUCACCCUUUGCCAAGGCAUAAAAUUCAAAAUUAGCAGCUUCACUCUCCAAACUUGUUUCAAUGGAUUUUCCAAUUUCCUCAAUUCACCUGGCUAUAGUCUGGUGAGACAAACAUUUUAGAAAUAUUUCCCUUUUUUUUUUCAGGGCAAGUUAUAUCUGCCAUACUUUCUAUAAGUUGUUUAAUAAGCUCACCAUUAGUAAAUGGUUUUGAUAUGUUUUUUUUUUGCUGUUAAAUAUGUUACCACAUAACUAGCUUUUACAAUGGAAUCUGAGCUGUAACUUUAAAAAAAGAUUCCCCCCCCAGAAGACAAACUUUCUUCAGUUCUGCUAUUUUGUCCUUAUGACACAAUCCUUCAUUUGCAUUGAAUCUGGCAGCCUGUGUUUCCAUAGAAUGGCCUUUCAAAUUAUAUUUUUUGAGAACUUGCGCAAAUUCCCUACAAAUUAAGCAGAGUGCCUUACUAUUUGCCUCGACAAAAAGGUAGUCACUUGUUCACUUUUCACUGAACAAUCUUCAUCUAUAAUUUUUCUUUUGGGGGUUCUAUUUUUUUUUUUUUUUUGAGAUGUAGAAGCCAUGCUGAGAUUAAAAAACUAAUAGAUAAGGGACUACAUUUACUUUUAUUAUGCAAAUUAACUGACAGGAAAAUAGAAAGCCACUUUGUGCUUUCCACAUCUCAGCUGCUGAAGCAGGGUGAGAUGGAGGGCUGACUGUGAAGGGUGCUGGGCAAUGUGAGGUGUCACCAAGGUGUGGAAGUGCCUUAAUAAUCAAAGAGAAUGCUUACCUGACUCCUGAAUAACAUUAAAUGCCCAAUAUUGCAAUGGUAAGUUGCAGUAUUAUUAAUUGCUGCCUUGCUAAGUCACCGCAAGCACAUGUAACGUCUGAUGGUGUCGAUUCAACUCUCUGCACUUCGAAGAUAUCACAUUGGAAGCCCCAUACCACCAUAAAACUGAAGCCAUACAUGUGUACAAAUAGAGUAUACAUAUGUUUAUUUUAUGUG